GAUGGCUGAUGCAAAACGAGCUGUUGACCUGGACAGAAAGGCUGCAAUGCUGGGCAGGAAGCUUGUCAAAGGUCUGGAGUUGGAUGAUGAGGAAGACGAUUACUACGAUGUAUCUGACAUGGAGUUCUCUGGGAUUAUCUUCAGCUCUGUAAAGAGCCGUUCUAGGGUUUUCUCCAAGUGGGAUCUCAAUGCAUCUCCUAGACCACAGAACUUCCAGAUUGGCAUCAACAUAAUUGAAGCUCAGAAGUUGGUUGGAGUUAAUAUUGAUCCUUUUGUGGUACUGAAAAUUGGAAGUGAGAAAAGACAUACAGCAACACAGAAAUCCACCAAUUGUCCUUUUUACAAUGAGUAUUUUACUUUUGAUUUUCAUGAACCAAGAGAUAUUCUAUUCCACAGAUUGAUAGAAAUUUCUGUCUUCCAUUCAAAGAAGAUUCCUUUCCUAGGCACUCUCAUAGGCACUUUCAAGAUAGAUCUUGAGACUGUAUACAACCAGCCAGACCAUAGGUUCUACCAGAAGUGGGCUGUGAUUAAUGACCCAAAGGACACCAGAGCAGGAAUUAAAGGCUUUGUAAAGUGCAACAUUUCUGUCCUGGCUCGGGGGGACGUAAUGGGUUCCUUUCCUGCCUCAUCCAGCAGUCAGAAUGAAGACAUUGAAAAGAACUUAUUGCUUCCUAAAAAAGUUCCAGCUGAGAGACCCUGGGCCAAAUUCUGCAUCAAAAUAUACAAGGCAGAUGGUUUGCCCAAUAUGAGUGCAGGAAUCAUGGGUGGCUUUUCAAAAAUUGUGAGUGAGAAGAAAGUGUUCAUUGAUCCUUACGUGCAGAUUUCUUUCUCUGGACAACAGGGAGAAACAUCAGUUGAAAACAGCACUAUAGAACCAGUUUGGAACGAACAAAUAACAUUCAUCGAGAUGUUUCCACCUCUUGUUCGAAAAAUAAAAGUCCAGCUACUGGAUGAUGCAAACAUUGGAGAUGUUGCCAUUACUACACAUUUCAUUGAUCUGCAACAAAUAUCUGACCCUGGAAGAAAUGGAUUUAAUCCCACUUUUGGACCAACUUGGGUAAAUUUAUAUGGUUCAUCCCAGAAUUCAACCUUGCGAGAUAUACACAAAGAUCUCAAUGAAGGUCUGGGUGAAGGCAUCUUCUAUCGUGGACGCCUUCUUAUGGCCAUUACAGUAGAGAUUUUCACUACUAUCCAGGCAGCGGAAAAGAAGCCAGCAGAAAUUCUUAAAGGGGCCUUAAGCAAAUUCAAGUUGAAGAAGAAGAGUAAAAAGGCCAAAGAGAAGUCCAGAACUUCUGUCAAGGAGCAGCAUAAAAGCCAGCCUGAUAUUAGUACCAUUGAGGAGGCAGAACAACCAAGCGAAGUGAUUGUGGAGGUAGAAGACCUCCAUCCUCUCCCAGAGAAUGCCCUAGGAGUGAAAGAAGAAUUCCUUCUGUUUGCAUCGUUUUUUGAAGUGACUAUGAUGGAUUCCUCAGUCGGUACUAAACCUAUGAAGUUUGAAAUCUCUAUAGACAGUAUUCUCUUAAUGUGGACAAAAAGCCAAUGACUCGUCCAAAUAACCUUGAUCGAUGUCGGAUGAAAUCUCUUCCACAAAACAUUAUACUCUAUGCAAAACAGGGACUCCGCAUAAGGAAACGACUGACUAGGCUCAACAUCAAGGAGAAAUUAAAUGAGACAAAGAUAAUCCUGUCAAAGUUGCGCUUCCUGGCUAAAGAGCCUCAGUGUAAUAUCCCUGAUGUCCUGAUCUGGAUGUUUAGUAACAACAAGCGUGUUGCCUAUUCAAGGAUCCCUGCACAGAAUAUCCUUUAUGCAGUGGUAGAAGAAGAAAAAGGCAAGAACUGUGCAAAGAUCCAAACUGUCUUUCUAAAGGUUCCAGGGUCACGCACUGAAGAGAUAUUUGCAAAACUGGAAAUCUAUAUGUGGCUUGGAGUAACAAAGUAUGUGAAGAACAGUACUGCAGAACUUCCAGAAGAAUUCAAACUUAUCUAUGACAAAACACAGACACUUACAAGCAUUCCAAAAUAUUUCCCACCCAUCCAACUGAACAGAGAUGGUAUUGGAAGAAACACUCAGCCCAAUGUGGAAUGAACUACUUCUGUAUGAUCAGCUUGUAAUUGAUGGAAAGAAAGAGGACUUGAAGACAGAGACUCCAAUAGCUAUUGUCAAUAUUUUUGACUACAAUAAAUUUAUCUUGUUUUGGGGCCUGAGAGAUCUGAAACGUGUCAACCUAUUUGAGGUUGACCAGCCUCAGGUGAUAAUUGAAUGUGCUGGAAAGAAAGUGGAAUCAGAAGUGCUCACAACUUACAAAGGGAACCCCAAUUUCAAUGAACUUGUUAAAUUUGUUAAUGUGGAACUUCCAGAACAGGUGUACUUACACCCACCUCUCAGUAUCUUCGUGGUGGAGAAGAGAGCCUUUGGACGCUCUGUCCUCGUGGGAACUCACAUAGUUUCUCAUAUUAUGAAAUUUGCUCCUAAAGAAAUAGAUGAGAUGGAAGAGGAAACAGAUAAUCCUCCCAAGAAAAGGAAAGCAUCAGAUAAACCAAAUAUCUCCCAAAAGGUGAUGAACCUUGGUGCAACUGCUGGAAAGACCGUAAUAAAUAUUGGUGCAGCUGCUGGGCAGACAGUAAUAAAUAUUGGUGCAGCUGCUGGAGACCUAGGAAGCAAAGCUAACCCCCUCAAGCUUGUCAAGGCACCACUGAAAAAAAUCCCUAUUGAUAAAUUGGUACCAAAAGAGGAAGAAUUUGAGGAGGAAAAGCCUGAGAAGGAAGAACUGGAUUGGUGGUCCAAGUACUAUGAAUCAUUAAAGGAAUUAAAUAAACAGGCAACUAAUUUGACACCAGCAGAUCCCAAUGGCAAAGCAGAUCCCUAUCUUGUGGUUAAGAUUGGCCAACAACAAAAAAACACCAAGGAUCGAUAUAUCCCAAAACAGCUCAAUCCAGUUUUUGGAGAAGUACUGGAGCUUUCAAUAUCCUUUCCUAUAGAAUCAGAACUCACUAUAUCAAUAUUUGACCAUGAUUUAGUUGGAUCUGAUGAUUUAAUUGGGGAGACCAAAAUUGACUUGGAGAACCGAUUCUACAGCAAUCACAGAGCCAAUUGUGGAGUGGCCUCACAAUAUGACACAGAAGGCUACAAUAUAUGGCGAGAUGCUUUCAAACCCACGCAUAUCUUGGAAAGUUUAUGCAAGAAGAACGCCCUCCCCUCAGCUGAAUACAGGGCAGAGGAAGUCAAAGUAAAUAACAAGAUUUUUAAAAUCCCCCCUGAAGCUUUUCCUGAAGAAGCCUUGGCAAAAGACAAUAAAGAAAAUAAUGACGAUACCUGGUCUGCCUAUGAUGAGCACAAGGCUUUGCAUGUUCUUCAACACUGGGAUGAAAUGCCUGAGUAUGGGUGCAAAUUAGUACCAGAACAUGUGGAAGUUCGAUCUAUUUACAAUCCAGAUAACCCCGGUAUUCUCCAGGGUUCUCUCCACAUGUGGAUUGACAUGUUUCCAAAUGAUGUCCCUGCACCACCACCUGUCAACAUCAAACCACGACUUCCAAUCAGUUAUGAACUACGUGUCAUUAUCUGGAAUACAGAUGACGUGAUUCUUGAUGACGUCAAUCCAAUAACAGGAGAAAUUUCCAGUGACAUAUAUGUCAAAAGCUGGAUCAAAGGACUGGAGAAAGACAAGCAAGAAACAGACGUUCAUUUUAAUUCUUUGACUGGGGAAGGGAACUUCAACUGGCGGUUUGUCUUCCGCUUCGAUUACCUUCCAACCGAGAAAGAGAUAACGUACAAAAAGAAGGAUUCUAUUUUUUCUCUGGAGGAGUCCGAAUUUCGUGAACCAGCCGUCUUAGUCUUUCAAGUCUGGGAUUACGACAGGAUUUCGGCAAAUGAUUUCCUAGGGUCCAUUGAGUUAAAGCUGAAUGAUAUGGUGAGAGCUGCCAAGAGUUCAGAGCAGUGCACUAUCAAGAUGGCCAAGGAAAAGGCCAUGCCACGGUUUUCUAUCUUCCGAAACAAAAGAAUGAAAGGAUGGUGGCCCUUCAUUAAAUUGAAAAGUCAGGAAGAUAUUGAAAGGGAAGAGAGGGAGGCUAAGCAGAAGAAAAAGAAGAAGAAGAAAUGGAGGAGAUCCGUUAAGCCAGAAGAUGUGGAGUUUUCAGAUCCUAGUGGGAAUAUCUUCAUCUUAACUGGAAAAGUAGAAGCUGAAUUUCAGUUGUUGACUAUAGAGGAAGCUGAAAAAAACCCAGUUGGUCUGGGGAGAAAGGAACCAGAACCCUUGGAAAAACCCAAUCGUCCCAAAACAUCCUUCAACUGGUUUGUGAACCCCAUGAAAACAUUUGUCUUCUUCAUUUGGAAACGGUACAAGAAGUACAUCAUUGCAUUGCUGCUCAUUGCAAUUCUGACCAUAUUCUUGGUUCUUAUUCUUUACACAAUGCCUGGAUACAUCAGUGAGAAGAUAAUAAAUGGCUAAAGAAUUACCCUUCCUCCCCAGCAUACUGUAUUGGGAUUUAAUAAAAGGAACAGAAGGAAGACAACAAUGACUUUCUAUCAAAGAUCUUAAAGAACAUAGAAUAUAGCUGCCUAAUUGUGUGUACAGCAUUUUGAAAAGGAAUCUGCCACUGGAAAGAAAUACUGCCUCUAUCUGACCAGACAAGCUGCUCACAUAUAGGAUUCAUAACAGUCUCUGAAAUACAUUUUUACCUGUCAAUAGUUCUGAAGAUAACAUUUCACUGAAAAAUAGACUCUGUGGAUUUAUGGACAAAGUAAAAUAAAGCAGAGGAGGUAUAGAAGCACUAAAAAUUAGUCAUACAAAGAAGGCUAACAGUUUUAUGCUGGUGUUGUUUGUGUUCCCAGAUCAAAUGUCUGUGGGAAAAUGAAUUUAAAUUAGUCAAAACACAUGCUAUGAAAAAAAAAUCACAAUAUUAUACAGCACAAGGUGAUAAGGCAGUAGUAGGAUGCACUUUAUUUAUGGAAAAAUUAUCACUUCUCACUCUUAGUAUUUUGUGUUUAUAUAACAAUACAUAGGAAAACAGACUAUGUACUGUACCAUGCAAGUAAACCACUUUUAAUUGGGGGGGGGGCUUUAGAAAAUGAUUUGAUCAAUGAUUAUAUUUAUACUUCUGUUUUCUCAUAUACUUUCUAUAUAAUGGGUUAUGUUGUACCACGGUGAAUAGAAUGCUCUGGUGAUACACUGAGGACACAAAAAGCUAUGAAGCUCUAGUUGAAUCUUUAGAGGUAUUAAGUGUAUCAAAUCCUUUGUGAGUUUUGCCAUGGAAGUGCACAAAAGUUGUGCAGGUCCGGUCUAUACCAACCUUUGUAGAUAACCAAGCACAGUUAUUUUCUCUCUCCAACCAUGCCUACCAAAUAGCUAAUAACACAAUAUCCAAUUUGAGAGAGGUAGAGAUGUGCUGCUGUUUGUGGAUCUGAGCACUUGGACUACUAGAAUACCAAACCACAUUUGUUUACAUAAGAAAUACUCACAAACGGAAAGAUAGUAGGGUUAGUAGGGUUAUGUAGUUAUUCAGUACCUUAUGUUCUAUUAAUCAAAAGAGCAUGCAAACUUGUAUGAGCUUUGGAUAUUUGGGAAAUCAUGAGAGCAUAUUGUAAGUGCUUUCAUAAUAUGGAGUCUGUGGGUCGUCUAUUGAUGAAAUGGCUUCUCUGGUGGACAUGACCAAACAUAAACAUUCAUUUUAUAACCAAAAGACUGGAGAAAUUGACCCCCAUCAUUUGUUCUAGGCUCCAGGAAAGUUCUCUACUCUUACUUUGUGUUGUGGUCCGCUGGCAACAGAGUCGGACAGCGAGGAGGUUGGGGAAGAACAUGGGCCAGUCCUGGAGUCUGGGGAAGGCUCAGAUGA